UCUCAUCUAGCCAGCUGGCUAGCUGCUAGUCUAAUUUCAACUCAGCUGCACCGGUCGCCCAGAGCAGUACGGUCCUGUACAGUUUAUUACGCUGACGGACUAUUGAUAUAAAUCAAACAAUUUUUCUAGUUAGGGAAUUGAAAUAUAAUAGAAAAGGCACUGAAGAUGAUUAAGCUCUUUUCUCUUAAGCAGCAGAAAAAAGACGAAGAGUCUGCAGGAGGAAACAGAACAGGAGCCGGUGGUAAAAAAGCAAGUGCGGCCCAGCUUCGAAUACAGAAAGAUAUCAAUGAGCUCAACCUCCCAAAGACAUGUGAGAUCGUCUUUCCAGACCAGGAUGAUUUACUGAACUUCAAACUCAUCAUCUCACCCGAUGAGGGAUUUUACAAAGGAGGAAAGUUUGUCUUCAGCUUUAAGGUUGGACAGGGCUAUCCCCAUGACCCCCCGAAGGUGAAGUGUGAGACAAUGGUUUACCAUCCCAACAUUGACCUGGAGGGCAAUGUCUGCCUGAACAUCCUGAGAGAGGACUGGAAGCCUGUGUUGACAAUAAACUCCAUCAUAUAUGGAUUACAAUAUCUAUUUUUGGAGCCCAACCCUGAGGACCCGCUGAACAAAGAGGCCGCAGAGGUCUUGCAGACAAACAGACGGCUGUUUGAGCAGAAUGUACAGAGAUCACUAAGAGGCGGCUAUGUGGGGGCGACUUACUUCGAGCGGUGUCUCAAAUAAUUCGGAAAACGCUCCCACUACAUACCUUUACAUCCAACACAGACUGACACACAGAGGGAGUAGACAGAUAGCUGUGGGGUGGUGGGGCUGGAGGACAGGCAACACAAAGCUCAGCGGUCAGAGAAUGUUUUCUCAGAAAAAAAAUCGAAUUGGUAAACGCCACUACACCGAUGCCCACAGUUUCUGCAGAGAUUGACACACUGACUGAUUCUUACUCAGACACACGGACCGACACACUUCUGCAAACAUUUGCCUAUAUUGUACGAUAGACACAGCGACACACAUCCAAACAUCCCGGCAGGUCUCUCAUACUUAGACUUCCAAACCCCAACCUUAUGGAUUACACUCAGACUGCAUGGACAUCAUCAGACGGCGGAUAUUGCAGUAUAGAUACAUGGGCGUACACGCACAGACACAAACAAAAAUACACACACACUGUACAGAUACAUUGGCACGCACAUGCACACAC